AUAAACAAUGUUGGUUUGUUUUGACUAAAACAGCGUACAGCGACCCAGAGGUACGGAGUCCACCAUGUCUAGAUGAGAAAAAUAUUAGUAACUCCCAGUUUCAUCUCUCCUUCCUCUGAAACUCUCUGUUUCUCUCCCAGAUUGGCUUCUUUUUUUUUUUCACUUUUUGUGGAUCUUGAGCUUUCUGGGAGAGAUUAAUGGAGUCUGAUGACUCACCACAGCUUAAAGGAUUUGUCAUAAUUACUCUUCCACCACCAGACAACCCCUCUUUGGGCAAAACCAUCACUGCUUUCACCAUCUCUGACUCUCCUCCAGAACCCCACCAAAGCCCUCCUCAAGAACAAACCCACCAUAACCAUCAGAAUCAUGUUCCAUUGCAAUCCCCACCUAACCCACAGCUUCAAUUUCCAUUCACAAGGUUCAAACUUUUUCUGGGUAACCAAAGAAAGCUUUUUCUCUUUCUGGGUAUUUCACUUUUUGCUCUUGCUUUUUGUACUUUUGUGUUUCCAAAGGCUGUGGAAGAGUUUGAGAGGUCCAAUGAUGAUGAAGGAAUCAAAUCCUUUGUGUUGCCUUUGUUUCCCAAAUUGGGUAUUCGUGGUCAAAACGAUGCGGAGCUUAAACUUGGUAGGUUUGUGGAUUUUGAUAAGGAAAAUCUUGCGGCUCCGAUUGGUGAUGUGAUCAGAAACCAGAAGAUCAACAAAUUGGUCUCUUCAAUGAACAGCGUUGACUCGUCAACCAUUUUGCCUGUGAGGGGAAAUGUUUAUCCAGAUGGUUUGUAUUAUACUUACAUUCUUGUCGGGAAUCCUCGAAGACCAUAUUAUCUAGACAUGGAUACUGGGAGUGACUUAGCAUGGAUCCAGUGUGAUGCUCCAUGUACCAGUUGUGCCAAGGGAGCGAAUCCUUUAUACAAGCCAACAAGAGGAAAUAUAUUGCCUUCUAAAGACUCAUUAUGCACGGAGAUCCAGAGAAAUCAGAAGGCUGGAAAUUGUGAGACAUGUCAGUGUGACUAUGAGAUUCAAUAUGCAGACCAUAGCUCCUCCAUCGGGGUUCUUGCUAAAGAUGAACUUCAUUUAAAGAAUGCAAAUGGAUCGUUAACCAAUAUGGAUAUCGUUUUUGGGUGUGCAUAUGAUCAGCAAGGCAUACUUUUGAAUACUCUCUCAAAGACAGAUGGAAUCCUUGGUUUAAGCAGAGCUAAAGUUAGCUUACCUUCACAGUUGGCAAGCAAGGGGAUCAUUAACAACGUUAUAGGUCAUUGCCUUACUGCCGAUGCAGAUGGUGGUGGAUAUAUGUUCUUAGGUGAUGAUUAUGUACCUCAAAAAGGCAUGUCAUGGGCUCCAAUGCUUAAUAUCCCUUCCAAAGAUUUUUAUCAUACUGAGAUAGUAAGGAUUAGUUAUGGAAGCAGUCCACUCAAUCUAGGAGCAUGGGGCAGUGGAGUGAGGCGGAUUGUAUUUGACAGUGGUAGUUCUUAUACAUACUUCACAAAGGAAGCAUACUCCGACCUGGUUGAAUCUCUUAAAGAAGUUUCUGGGCCUGUGUUAGUCCAAGAUGUAUCAGAUCCAACAUUGCCCAUUUGUUGGCGAGCUAGAGUGCCACUCAGAUCUGUUACUGAGGUUAAACAAUUGUUCAAGACUCUUACUCUUCAGUUUGCGAGCAAAUGGUGGACUGUUUCCCCAAAGAUUAGAAUUCCGCCAGAGGGCUACUUGAUCAUCAGUAGCAAAGGCAAUGUGUGCUUGGGUAUCCUAGAUGGAAGCAAAGUUCAUGAUGGAUCCACAAUCAUACUAGGAGACAUUUCACUGCGUGGGCAUAUGGUGGUAUAUGAUAAUGUGAACCAGAAGAUUGGAUGGGCCAAGUCAGAUUGUGUGAACCCAAUAAGAUUUAAAAGCCCUCCAUCCUUUCAGUGAUGGAUGGGUAUUUCGGUUUGACAUCAAAUCCCAUAUAGACGUAAAUGUUACUUCUCUGUGUAUAACCACUCUUACUUUUGAGCUUCUCUGGGUCUCUGAAACUCCAUGCUAUUUUGUAGUGUGUAAAUAUUAUUAUAUAUAAAUAUAUAAUUGCAUCAGUAAAAGAAUAAAUGAAAAUUAGUUUUGUAUA